AUUUAUUGUACAGUAGAGAUACUGGGGGUACAAACAGCUCACCAUGUCAGGACGUCAUAUGCUUUUCAAAGCCUUUUUCGUGAUAACGUUAAGUCUGCAAGUGAGUUCUCUUUUCGUGACAACAGCCUGGUUGAAUGAUGUCGCGGGGACGACUGCAACAUUACAAUGUAACUGGACUGCCUCGGCUGAUGAGACACCAACCACACUAUUCUUUUCACCAACCAACACUACAUUCCCUUUUUAUUUUACUUGUGGUGUUAAUAGUGACCCACCGUACAUAUGUAAUAGAAGUGAAUCUACUCUGGAUAGACAGAGUACCAUUUCCUCUCUGCCAGGAUCUGUUUCCAUGGUGAUUAUGAACACGCAAUGUUCAGAUGAAGAGACAUCCUAUUUUUGUUUAGUCACCAAUUCGAAUAAGCCACCAGCGGUAUCACAAUCUCAGCUCACAGUAAAAGUUCCUCCAACAUCUCCAACAUUAAGUAACCUACACCUAAAUGUCACAGAAUACUCAAACAUCACAGCCACAUGUACAGCUGUUGUGGGUUAUCCUAAUGCUGGAAGAAUCAUUUGGAGAGUUUAUCAGAAUGAGGAGAUAGUUGAUCUGCCUUUCAAAACUGUGAACACUGUGGACAAUGUCCCACAACCAGGAGAUGACAAAUGCACAGUCCGUAUACAAAGUUCAGUAGCUCUAAAUGUAGACAGAUACGAUCAGAAUAUUUCUCUGGCAUGUUUUGUAACCAAUCCAGAUUUUAAACCUACAGCACCAAAGACUUGUACUAACCCAGAGGCAGAUUUGUGUGCACAAACGGACAGUUUAAUAGUAACUUGUAAGUAUUUUUGA